GCGCGUGAAGUUGUCAGGUAGUCAGGAGACAAGGAUCCUGAGAGGAAAAAGGAGCAGGAGAGAAGCUUUGAAGAAGAACCUUUUCCGAAACAGGAACGAAAGUUAGUGAAAGUUCUUAACUUUGUUUUAAACGACUCUGAAGUGACGACUGAUUAAAACAACAACAACAAAAAUGAAGCCAAUGAGCAUCGCGUGCGCCGUCACCGUCAUCAUCGCGUGCAUGUGCGUCCUCCAGAGUGCAGCUGUGCCUUUCCCUGAGUCUGAGGUACGGCUCGAGGAGCCAGUGGAAAGUGAAGCGGCUCAGAGUCUUGAUCAAGGCGAGGCGGCAGCGUUGGUGAAGGAGACGAGUCCUGAGGUGCUGUUCAGGACGAAGCGUCAGAGUCACCUCUCUCUGUGCCGAUACUGCUGCAACUGCUGUAAGAAUAAAGGCUGUGGGUUCUGCUGCAGGUUCUAAUAACAGGGACCACAUGCAAGUUUCCCCACUUGUGGGACGGGACAUUAACUUAUUUAUCUUGCUGGACUGAUCUUCUUUUUUUCUAAUGUUGAAAUUCUCCUGCUUGGACGUCUUCACCUGCCGAACGGCUCCAAGACUAUGGGUUAAAAUGUUGAUGCGUUGUUUUCUACACACUGAGGCUGAAAAGGAUCGAGCUUAUCAUCUAAUGUGUUAAUGUUCUAUGAGAUCCUUGCUCUGGGUAUUUCACUCAGAAACUACAUUUGCUAGCCAUACUAUUAGCUUUUUGCAUCUGUGUAAUGAAGGAACGUAGCCAGCCUUUUUUAAAAUCAUUCUGAGGAACAAUUUUUGUUCUCUCUGGAAAAAAUAUGUUCUUGAGGUAAUGGCUACAAAAAAAUAAUGUCUCUCCACUUCUGUUGUUAUACACUGCCAACUUACAGUACAUCCCGAUUUUGCCAAACGUCAGAUAAUUCAGUCGCAGACUUGAUCAUGUGACAAAAAUGUUUUAAAUAAGAUUAGCUAGCUGACUAGUGAACUUGGCUAGCUAGUUAACAUCAGGAAGCUACUCCUGGAGAAUUAUUCUUAAUGGUAGCUAAGCUAGCAUAAUCACAGUUCUUUGUUUAGGUAGCUAGCUAGCUUAUCUAGCAUUGUUAAAUGUAUAUAAAGUGUAAUUUAAGCCAGAAUUAUAUGCAUAAGCAUAGUGGCAAACCUAAUAAUUGAUACAAGUGGGUAAUGGUGACAUCACAUGAUUAAGUCAGAGAUAAAUCUUCAUUUAAACUUCGCCCUCGUUGACCUAGGGAUGUUUGCCAGGAUGUGUUUGUUUUUAUCAAUGAAGCGUUGUGGAGAAAAUGUAAAUUAAUUAAUGAAAACUUUAGCUUAGCUACAUAUUUAUGGGUAGUUAAGUAUAUUUUCUACAUAUUGCCUAAGCAAAAGCCUGUUGUAUAUAUAUGUCAAAUUGAUCAUUAUUAAUACACUUUUUUUUGUAAUAAGUUUGUAAUAAAAAAGUUUCCUACGA